CUAAUCAGCCAGAAGGCUCACCCCGGUGAGAAAUGUGUCCCAAUCCUGAAAGACAUUUUGCACUUGGCUUACCUACCUGGGCAGAAACCAUACUUGACUGGGGCAUGUGCAAACCUACGACAGCUUCAGAAGCAUUUCAGUGCAAAUAAAAGUGACAUGGAUAGGGCAUCAUUUGUAAAGAGUUGCAUAUUCCAUGUGUCAGGGCAUCCCUUCACCUGUAGGAAGGUUGGAAAGGACUUCCCAGCUACUUUGGGUCUUCUCCAGCACCAGAUCACUCCCACUUGUGAGAAACUCAACAAAAUCACCAAGUGUGGGGAGGCCUUUCAUGGUAGGAAAAGUCAUUACAAGUUGUGUGAAUGUGGGAAAGCUUCCAGCUACAAACAGAGUCUUGUUUACCACCCAAGUGUCUCUACUAGGAAAAGGGUUUAUGAGUCUAGCAAAUAUGGGAAAGCCUUGCGCUGUAAGUACUCACUUGUUCAGCUCCAGAGAGUCCACACUGGAGAAAGGCCUUACGAGUGCAGUGAAUGUGGAAAAUCGUUUAGGCAAAGAGCCACCCUCAUUAUACACCAGAGAGUUCACACUGGAGAAAGGCCUUAUAAAUGUGGCUAGUGUGGAAAAUCCUUUAGUCAGUGCUCCAAUCUUAUUGAACACUACAGAAUUCACAGUGGAGAAAGGCCUUAUGGGUGUGAGGAAUGUGGAAAAGCCUUUGGGUGCAAAUCCAAUCUUGUUCGGCACCAGAGAACCCACACUGGAGAAAAGCCUUAUGAGUGCAGUGAAUGUGGGAAAUUCUUUAGACAAAGCUUCACGCUUGUUCAACACCGGAGAAUUCACACCACAGCAAGGCCUUUUGUGUGUGUCCAGUGUGGGAAAUCCUUUAGCCAAAGAGCCACUCUCAUUAGACACCAGAGAGUUCACACUAGUGAAAGGCCUUAUGAGUGUGGGGCAUGUGGGAAAGCCUUUGGAUCCAAAUCCAAACUCGAUCGGCACAACAGAAGUCACACUGGAGAAAGGCCUUAUGAGUGUGGUGAAUGUGGGAAGUCUUUCAGACAAAGCUACAGCCUCGUUGAACACCAGCGAAUUCAUAGUAGAACAAGACCCUUUGAGUGUGGGCAGUGUGGGAAGUCCUUUAGCAGAAGAGCCAUCUUCACUAAACACCAGAGAAUUCACACUGGAGAAAGGGCUUAUAAAUGUGGCGAGUGUGGGAAAUCCUUUAGUAGAAGCACCAGCCUUAUUCAGCACUACAGUAUUCACACUGGGGCAAGGCCUUAUGAGUGUGGGCAGUGUGGAAAAUCCUUCAGGCAAAAGUCUGUCCUUAUUCAACACCAGGUAGUUCACACUGGAGAAAGGCCUUAUGAAUAUGGCGAAUGUUGGAAAUCCUUUAGCCAGCGCUCCAGCCUCAAUCUCCACCGAAAAUUUCACACCAGGGAGAGGCCCCAUGAACACAGGAAGUAUGGGAAAUACUUUACUCCAAACAGCUAACAUUGUUUAGUACCAGGAAGUCCACACUCUGAGAAAGGCCUUAGACCUCAAGGAAUUGCUGUCUCCUCAUUCAUUAUAAUAGCACUAGACAGCUUCUGUGAGGGAGCCGUCUGCCUUGAAAUUGAACCUCAUACCUCCCACUUUCCAGAGGGGUGAUAUUCCCAAUGAGUUCCAGGGACCUGUGAAGCUUACAGGAGCUACAGUCCAUGUUCUAAACUCCCCAGGGCCCUUGUCAGAGUUACAUCUCUGACAUUUUCUCUGGUAGAACCCACCUCACCUCUCCUGCCUUGCACAGUAUUUCAUUGGUCACCCUGAUGUGCUAACACACAAGGCAGAUGUCUGUGCUCUCUCCUUUUCCCUGGAGGAAAUCUUGAGUAGUCUGUGCCCUUACAUUUUCCUAUUUCCAGUUGAUUAAGUAUGAGUCUGACCCUUCAUCAAAAUUGUUGGUUUCACAUGACAUUUGUGGUUGAUAUUCCUGCCUCAAAGUCACCAACUGGUAAUUGCCUUGCCCCCUCCCCCCACCAUUGCUCUGGUUUGUGCAGCAAUAAAGGUCUUAUUGUUUAAUCUACCUUUAAUCUUGGGGGUUGUAUUCACUGUGGGGGGUGGGUGGAAAACAGAAUUGGCCUGUUUGUAUGAAGGGAUGGGUCCUCAGCCUCUUGUGCCUCAGCAGGGACAGUAUAAUGACAGGAGAAUAGUUUUCGUUCCAGUUUUAGCCUAAUUUGCAUUGCUCCCCAAGACCUCCUAGGAACUAAAAUAAUGCUUUGUGGUCCUAAUUUGGGACCUGGCAGUCUACAUAUUGUAUGACCACAGGUUACCUUGAGGAGGGGUCACUGAUUUUGGCAAGCUCCAGGGCCUUUGGGACUGCCAUGACUUUGUCUCAUAUUCCCAGAGGGUGUCCUAUAAUGCCCAGUACUGUUGAGGGGAAGCUUUUCACCGGGUUCUACAAAGGAACCAAGUGUCCUGAUGUUCAUAAUUCUGUGGACUGGUAUCCCUCCUCACACUACAGGAGCUGGGUUUCAACCAUACUUGGUAGUAAAAUCCUGGGUGGGAUUAAUAGUCAGUGGAAGAGCAUGCAGCAAAUUAAAUGGAGUGUGCCUCUUCUAAUGUGCAUCCAUAAAUCUUCCAGAGACUGUGGCUGUGAGGAAUCACAGACCCUCCAAAGGCUGUGUACCUCCUAUAGCUGAAUUCAUUGUCAGCAAACAAUCUAAAGGUUUUGUGAAUUCUCAUUGUCUUUCUGGACUGGUCAACUCAAGUCCAUUGCUGUAAAGGCAGGGAAAUGAGAACAGAGAAUGGAGAUCCUGUUGUCCAGGGAUGUGUCUUUUGUGGUCUAGCCAGUGGUCCUGUUGUCCCAGACUGCAGCGGCCUCCAUUGCUUGCCCAUAUUUCCAGCACUGAUUCAGGGCUGCCCUUCCUGAGGAAAGGGAAAAAAUAGAGUGGAGUCAAUAUUGAGUUGUUAAACUUUAUGGUUUCCAGAAAGAAGGGGAGGUCCAGAUUUUUUUUAUUUUGAACCAUUUGUUUUAGAAACUUUAUUGAGGCAUAAUUGACAUGCAGUAACCUAUACAUAUUUAAGGUGUAUAGUUUGAAAAUUUUUGCCAUAUGUAUAAACCCAUAAAACCAUCAGAAUCACGAUAAUGAACAUAACCAUGAUUUACCUCAUGCCCCUUUACAAUCUCUUGUUGCCCUUCCCAAGCCUACAGGAGUCCAGUGAUUUACUGCCUUCAACAAUAAAUUAGUUUGCAUUGUCUAGAAUUUUAGUUGAAUUGAAGCAUAAAAGUGUUUGCUCUUUUUUUUUGAUAUUUUUCAUACUGCCUAAUUAUUUUGAAAUUCAUCAAUGUUGCUUGUAUGAAUAGUUCAUUUUUUUACUGUUGAGUAGUAUUCUUGUCUAUGGAUAUGCUACUAUGUGUUUAUCCAUCCAUCUGCUAAUGGGCAGUUGGGUUGUUUCCAGUUUGG